UGCAGCAUUCCCAGUGUAGCAGUAUUUCGCGUUUAUUUGAGUGCUAUAUAGUAAAACGUUCUAAAUCUCGUGUUAAGCGAAAGUCAGUGUUGUGUGCAAUUCUAAGCGCGUAACUUCCAGAAAGGGUAUUAAAACCUUGAGAGGGGCUGGGGAAUGCUGAGAUUUACCGGAGUGGUACCGCGGAUGAAGGGAUCUCAGACAGAGGAAAAUUGGAACAGCAAGUAUGGUUUUCCUUAGAACAGAGGCUGUUGGGGAAUUUGAAAGAGAUGUUCAAAAGUAUGAAGGAUAUCGAGAAUAUCCAGAGAUACUCAUACACAUGGAAGGUGCAUGGACGAGAGGUGGUUAAGCGAACUGGCGAAAAAGGUGACAAUUUAUUUCUCGGACAUUGUAGGAUUCACCACCAUCGCUGCCUCGUGUACGCCUCUGCAGGUGGUGGAGAUGUUGAACAAUUUGUACAUGUGUUUUGAUACCAGGAUUGAAUCCUACGACGUAUACAAGGUGGAGACCAUUGGAGAUGCAUAUAUGGUGGUGAGUGGCCUCCCUGAACGGAAAGGAACUAAUCAUGCUGAUGAAAUUGCAAAGAUGUCCCUGGAUUUAGUAGCAGCUGUAAGACAAGUGCCAAUUCCUCACAUGCCAACAGAAAGACUGCAACUGCGGGUUGGCAUUCACACAGGUCCUUGCGUGGCUGGAGUUGUGGGACAUAAGAUGCCUCGUUAUUGUCUAUUUGGAGAUACAGUCAAUACUGCAUCUCGUAUGGAGUCCACCAGUCUGCCUCAGAAAAUUCACAUUAGUUCAGCUACAUUUGCUGCCUUGGUGCAUGAUGAUGCUUAUGAAAUUGAACUGCGAGGCGAAACUGAGGUUAAGGGAAAGGGGAAAAUGAAAACCUAUUGGUUGAUUGGGAACAAGAACUACAGUGUACAGAAUGACAGCCUGGUCUGUCAUUGGAGGCCACGUAUCAAGAAGAAAAAUGAGAAUGGGGACAGUAUGUCUUCGGCACAACAGUCAGGAGUAAGUUCCUUAGUGCAUACGCCAAGCAACAGAAACACACCACUUUUCAAUGGAUGCACAGGAGCUAACAGCGACUGUCUGCAGAAAGCUGAUAGCCAGUUAGCUUUGUCAUCACUACAAUCCAAUGAACACUCACAACCUCACAGUCUGAAUUCUGAGAAUGGACUUGCACUGCACGGCAGAUACCCAGAACAGGAAAAAGAACCCUACCUCAAAGGCAUGUCAUUGAUUGAAUCAGAACUUUCUACCAACGCAUAUGAAAUGACACAGAGUCAAUUUGAAAGCAGGCACCUGGAAAAAUCAGAAUUUCUCCCUGGGUUUGUGAAUUUCAGUUAACCAAGGUAAACAGCCAGAAUUAGAAAAUCUGUUAAAGUUUAUUAUUUAGUUUUUUUUAGACAUUUCAAAAUAAAUUGUACUUGGAAUGUAUUUAAUGACCACUUGUGAUUCCUAAGGGAAUUAAUAUUCACAUUGUGGAGAUUGCGGUAGAUAUUUGUAAUCAGCCUGUUUAGAUGUAUGAUGAUGCACCUCUGGAUCAGAUGGGAUUUGAACCUAGGUUUAUCUGGCUUAGGAGGGCAGGAAGGACACCACCAGGUACCACAAGAGCUCUGUGGGGUUUGUGAUACAUUUGAUUGUGGACAUUAAAAUAGAUAAUAGCAAAUUAGUUAUGUUUAUACACCACUUCAAAGGAGAUUUAAAACUGGAGAAUAUAUUUAUUUUAAUUAGCCUGUAUAGACAUUGUGUGACACACAUCUGGGACAGGUAGAACUUGAACCCAGGCCGCCUCCUGUCUCAGAGGUAGGGACAUUAACAUUGAAUCACAAGAUACUAAAAACAGAAGAAUGUAGUUACUCUUAAUUAACCUGCACAGAGAUGUUAAGACACAUAUCUGGAUCAGGUGGAACUUGAAGCCAGGCCUUCUGGCUUAGAGGUUAAGACACUACCACCGCACUAUAAGACUCCUAAAACUGAAGAAUAUAGAACAUGCACUUGAAUCCCCUGUUUCACACUGUCUCCAAAAGCCAAAGUAACUGCAGUAAAAUAGAACUGGUGUUAGAUGUAGGCCAGGCUGAGCGGAGGUUGCAGGUUCCAUUCCCUGAGGGAUAUCAAUGAACCAGUUGUGUUUUUUUUAAAAUAAUAAUCUGGCAGCUUCUUAGGUCACUUCCCUGGGUAAUUGAAUUCAAUUUCACAACCUACAUGGUGGCAUUUCAGCUCAUGUCUAGGUUGAUAGUCUAGUUCCAGAACUACUAGAUUGCCAUGAAUUAACAUACUAUUGACUAUGACAAAGUGAGGACUGCAGAUGUCGGAGAUCAGAGUCAAAAAGUGUGGUGCUGAAAAAACACAGCCAGUCAGGCAGC